GCGCCAAUAGGAAGUGAAUGGGUCGCCUAUCUAUACUUGACGUUGGUGAUUUGCUACAGGGAAGACUCAUGAGAGACAAAUAUUGCCAUUAAGAUAGACUUUUGAGACCUCUCCAAAUAACCCGAUCCUCCCACCGUUGAGUUUUUUUCUGCCUUCACAUCUUUUACCGAAUAGGGUGACAAACACAACACGGCCGUGUUCAAUUGGCAGCAGCUGGAUGGAUGUGCUGAGGAAACCAUUAACAGUGGAUCCUUGUUUUGUUUUUGUUUUUUUGCUUGGAAUUUCCUCCUCGCUUUGGUGAUUAUUUAAUCCCGACAAUGCGUCAGGUUUAUCACGGCUUUUGAUGACCCACUUCAUAUGAUGCGGAAUAUAUUGUAUGGGAUUUACAGCACGAUUCAGCGUCGGGGGAAAGAACGUCUGUGAUCUUUCUAGUAAACGUGUAAUGAAGAUAAAAGAUGGACAUAUUCGGGGGAUUAUUAAUUAUUUUCCCUGCCAGUUUUAUUGCCUGCAUAACAGCCCAGCACAAUCCACUAAAAGUUCAUGAAGGCUGGUGGGCAUAUAAGGAGGUGGUACAGGGAAGCUUUGUUCCAGUGCCUUCUUUCUGGGGCCUGGUAAACUCGGCUUGGAACUUGUGCUCAGUGGGGAAGAGGCAAUCACCAGUCAACAUUGAGACCAGUCACAUGAUCUUUGACCCUUACCUCACAUCUAUGAAACUAAACACUGAUGGAAAAAAGAUGAGGGGGACAAUGUAUAACACUGGUCGCCAUGUUUCUGUGCGACUGGACAAGGAGCAUCUGGUUAAUAUAUCCGGCGGGCCUAUGAUGUACAGCCAUCGCCUGGAGGAGAUUCGACUCCACUUUGGUAGUGAAGACAGUCAGGGCUCUGAACACCUGCUGAAUGGCCAGGCUUUCUCUGGAGAGGUUCAGCUGAUUCACUACAAUCACGAGUUGUAUACAAAUUACACCGAAGCUGCCAAGAGUCCCAAUGGACUCGUCGUGGUGUCCAUAUUCAUGAAAGUAGCUGAAACAUCUAACAAUUUCCUGAAUCAAUUGCUGAAUAGAGACAGCAUCACAAGAGUAACAUAUAAAAACGAUGCUUAUCUCCUGACAGGACUAAACAUAGAGGACAUCUAUCCAGAAACAAGUAGUUUUAUCACUUAUGAUGGCUCAAUGACCAUCCCUCCAUGUUUUGAAACUGCCACGUGGAUCCUGAUGAACAAGCCCGUGUACGUCACACGCAUGCAGAUGCACUCUUUGCGCCUCCUGAGUCAGAACCAGCCAUCGCAGAUCUUCCUGAGCAUGAGUGACAAUGUCCGUCCAAUUCAGCCGCUGAUCAACCGCUGCAUCCGCACCAACAUUAACUUCAGCUUGCAAGGAAAAGACUGCCCAAACAACAGAGUCCAUAAGCUUCAAUACAGAGUGAAUGGAUGGUUACUAAAUUAGGAUCCUUCCGAGGAGAAAAAUGUCGGAGGUAAAGGAAAGCAAAGCAACGGUUGACAAUUUUGAAACCACCCACGUCAGCUCAUCCAGGAGGACUUGACGGAAUUGUAUCUCCACAAAUGUAUUGAUUGUAUUCAGAAAUAUGGAAUUUUGUAAAACAUGCAGCGUGGGUCUGCUUUAUACAUAAGAAUUAAAUUUUUGCAUCUUGCUAUCAACUGAAAGAAGGACGGAUGUGACAGUUCAGUCACGCAAUCCAACACAGAAGUUGCAAGGUCAUUACGUUUGUCUACAGGUACUGAUCAGUCAUGUUCUGGCUCAAUUUGGAUGUAUUUUGAAUGUAUAUAUAUCAAUACAUAACGGUACACAUGACUUAAGAGAGGAAUUAUUGAAAAAAGUGUCACAAUUGUUGUGUAGUUAUCUCAGUUGAUGUCUUUUAUUCCUUAAUUCAUCACAGACUGAAUCAUCUCAUUGGACCAAUAAAUUGGUCUCGAAAAAAGAUCCAAGAUCUUGUUUCACGACUUUGAUCAAGGGAACUGCCAAGAAAUUCCUUCUGAUGCUUUGAUCAUGUGGGCAUUGAUACUCGGUGGUCAAAAUAUAAGGUCUACAAACCCAUUCUAAUGACAAUAUACUCUCUUUUGUGAUGCUUGUCCUAUUCCAUUCUGUUCAAUUUCGACACAAAUGUUUUCAUAGUAAUUAAUUACAAUUGAAAUAAUCCAUUUCAGUCAUUGCCAUCACAAAAGCUUUAUUAACCGUACGGUGAAUGUUUUAAUGACUGUAUUAUUUUCAUUUUCUCAACGACCAUAAAAUGUAGAUGUAAAUUAACUUUAUUAAAUGUACAUUGAGACAA